AAAGCUUGUGAUUGUGAUUGUGAUUGUGAUUUUGAUUGUUAUUGUAAUUUGUUUUUUUGCGAUUCUUGCUAAAGAGUGUAGAAUACCAGUGCAGUUUUAGCGCUUUUUGGUUGUGGGCAAAUCGCCAAAAUCAUACAUAUCUUCAUUAACACCUAUGGAGGUUGUUCAUUUUCGAGCUCUGGAUGAGCCGACAAAGGAUGAUUUCUGUCUGGAGCUGUCAAAACUUCAUAGUUAUGAUGAAGUUGUAGAAAGAGUGGCAGAGCAACUUGGUUUGGACGAUCCAUCCAAAAUCAGGCUUACCUCUCAAAACUGUUACUCACAAAAACCCAAACCCCAACCUAUUAGGUACCAAGGGGCAGAGAAUUGUCUGAUAUGUUAGUCCAUUAUGAUCAGACUUCGGAUAUAUUGUACUAUGAAGUAUUAGACAUCCCUCUACCAGAAUUACAAGGUUCGAAAACUCUGAAAGUAGCAUUUCAUCAUGCUACCAAGGAUGAAGUGGUGGUUCGUAGUAUAACACUGCCAAAACGGAGCACAGUAGGAGAUGUAAUUAAUGAUCUUAAAACAAAGGUCGAGUUGUCUCAUCCUAAUGCAGAACUUAGGUUGCUCGAAGUUUUCAAUCACAAGAUCUACAGGAUUUUCCCCCUUAGCGAAAAGAUUGAGAACAUAAAUGAUCAUUACUGGACAAUACGGGCAGAGGAGAUCCCAGAAGAAGAGAAAAAUCUCGGUCCUGAUGAUCGCCUAAUACAUGUGUACCAUUUCAUAAAAGACACAGCUCAGAACCCUAUGAACUUUGGGGAACCCUUUUUCAUGGUCAUGCAUGAGGGUGAGACUUUGGCUGUAAUUAAAGUACGAAUACAGAAGAAAUUACAGGUUCCACAUGAGGAGUUUGCCAAGUGGAAGUUUGCAUUUCUUUUUCAAGGUCGUCCAGAGUACCUUCAGGACUCCGACAUUGUCUCCGGUCAUUUUCAGGGUGAUGGUCCUUGGCAAGAGUAUCUUGGAUUGGAGCACUCUGACAAUGCUCAUAUAUAGAGCUUAUACAGCUAAUCAGGGUUUAUUAUUCUGCUGAAGUUGCUAGUUGGAGCAUGACAAUGGAAAAGCAGUGAAGGCAACUCUGAUUAGGAAUCAAGUGAAGUUAGCAUUGAGAUGUGUACUUGGGGACAUGUCCAAUUCUAAAGUUCCUGCGGUGUAGUUAAGUCAAUUUGGCCUGGUUUUAGGCUGCCUUUUGUUUAAAAUAUGGUGUAAUUCAAAUUUAACUAUUCUUGAACAAAACUUACAUCAUCUUGUAAGAAUUUUAGUUUGUGCAUUUAAAAUCUUGAGAGUUGGUAAU